CUUCCGCCAUACACAAGAAAGCGGAAAGCAACACGUUUGAACAAAGCUGAUGACUGUUGCUACGAUGUAGACGGAAAAUAUGUCCGUAUUUCAUCUUUAACUGUCGCUUUCGGAAACUACAUAAUGGCAGAAGUUCAGAUACGGUCUGGACAGGGAAUUGACCCCAAAAACUCCGAAGAUUUGCCCGAGGACGGGAGGGUAAACAGAGUCCGUCAAGAAUGGCUGGUCCACGAAGACGGAGCCCUGGCUCACAGAAUGCAGGAGGAGGAAUUUGAAGAUCACUUUGGCUUAAACCGGAAGACGCGGCGUACGGUGCGCGAGGAUAUCCAGGUGGCCAAAGUUGUCCAGACAGAGGAGGAGUUUGUACAGCAGAGAGAAAGAAUGCUCCAGCUGGAACGCCUUCAACAGCGGGCCAGAGAGGAUGAAGAGGUGGCCAGGAAAGUGCAUUUAUCACAGGUAGAGAAGAUGAAGAAGGCGGAGGAGGAACGACGCAGGCACGAGGCUGAAGACGAGGGGCGAGCCCUACAGUUACAGAUGGAGGAAGAAGAACGUCAAAUGGAGCGUCUGGCACUCGACGAUGAGAGAAAGGCCCGUCAGCUCCAAUUUGAGAUUAUCGAAGCUGAAAUGAAGCGUCGUGAAGAGGGUGAAAGCCAGAUGAGGGCUAUUGGAAAGACGGAUGAGGACAUUGCUCGGAAGCUGCAGGAAAAAGAGCAGAGGCGCUAUGAGAGGUAUCAGGAGAAAAAGCGCCUGGCUAAAGAAAGGAAGCGUCUUGAAGAACAGAUUGCACAGGAGAGCAGAGAAAUGUCACCUACGACUGGACACACAAGAGAUGAUGGUCGUAGAGAAGAUUCUGGAGACUUCAGUGACUUUUACAUCCCACCUGCCCCAGAAAUGGAUGCAGAUGAGUCAAAACAGCUACAAGAACUGCAGGAUGAGGAAUUGGCCCGACUCAUACAAGAACAAGAACAUAAGAGAGGUGCUAGCACCAAUAAAGAAAAACUGAAGCAAAUUGAGCAACAGGAUGAGGAACUGGCAAGAAUUAUUCAAGAAGAGGAGAGGUUGAAGACUCGGAAAGUGAGGGAGAAACACAGACAGGCCUCUAUGCAGCAACCACACUCAAGACAAUUAUCUGAAGAGUUUCGGCAUCCUGCGGCAGCCAGGUCAAAAAGCGUUCCUACGGGGCCCUCUCAUGAUUAUCGCCCAGACAAACCACCUGCCUACAGAGCACCCCCGCUACCAGAACGGGUGUCUCUAGAUAACUCUUCACCAUUGGAGGAUGCACGUUCCCCUGGUCGCACAAGGGCCCCCCCUCCCAGCAUGCCUCCUCCACCUAUCCCAGCAGGUCAGCGCCCGCGCUGGGAACUGGAGCUGGCCGUGACUGGCGCUGGGGCCGAGCUAGAAAACAGCAGGCCAUCGCCACCACAUCACUCUCCUGCGCCUUCUUCACAGCAUGAUUCUAUGCCACGCAUGUCACCGUCACCGCCACCACUUCCGCCAUUUGAAGAUCUUGAUCACCAGUCUGAUGAGUUUGAAUCACAGAGGUCACAAAGCCCCCCACAUGAAUACCCAGGGGGUGCCAUCAACAUCGCUGCUGCCUUAGAUCCAACAUAUCGCCGCCAGAGGACACCAGGGAGCCAACCACCACCUGCGGACAACUCGUUAAGGGACAGCACAUUGAUCAACAGGCGGAUGGUGUAUCCUGGAGAUGAAAGGGCAGAGCAGACAAACGUCAAGCGCUCUUUAGGACCAGGAGCUGAGGCAGGAUACGAUGGCAUGUACGAUGAUGAUGACGAAGGUGUCAUGGCUGUCCCAGGGCAGAGGCGAGGCAGCGAACGCGGGUCACACUCCAGCAAGAAAAAUAAAUCCACAAAAGACAAGAAAAAUAACUGUAAACAACAGUGAUCAUGGUGAUUGUAACUAUGAGCACAGUUGCCAUGACAACAGCAAAGAAACUGGGUUGGCAGAACUAACAUAUGGUUAACUUGCUUGAACAAAAGGCAACUUGAAUGACCCUGUGAUAUCACAUGAAGCUAACACCCAUGAAUCCAUAGCAACAAUUUAUUUAAAUUUACCUGGAUGGUAACAAAACAACAUCUGCAUUUGUCUGAAUGGUAACCUAGUAACAACUGAAUUUGUCAGGGUUGUAACCUAGCAACAUGUGAAUUUACCUAAAUGGUAACCUAGCAACAAUUGAGCCUGCAGUGGAAAUCUCAUUCAUUUAUUAAAAGGCCAAAUAGAUGUUGUAGAGUUACACAGAUUACAUAAUAUGUGGUUCAAAGCAUCAAACUAGCAAAGAGGGGUUUUCCAGUGUCUUUUUUUCACUUUUAUGAUUUUUAUAUGUGCAAAUAUGAUAAUCGUGUCUUGCUGCUCUUGCAUGAUGCACACACUAUCUGGUCACAAAUUUUUUGUUUCAGUGUUUUUAGGUCACAUUUUUAUAUUAUAGCUCACAGCUAUGCCACUUGCAUUUUCUUUAAAUGCACAAAUAUCUGUACUAUACUUUGUUAGCCUCUCCAUUCAAUAAAGAUUUAUUUUAGCAGGGUUUCAAUAUUGCAAUAUAUGUAUGUUGGUAUUCUUAAAAGUAGCUAGCAAAACAAUCUCACAGUAUAUAUAUAAUGGAGUUUAUGAUGUAAGAAGUUUUUAAGUGAAAAAAGAGAAAAACUUUAAAUGAGAUUAUUUGGAAGUACAUGCUUCCCUUAGAUGACCAUAACUUUUGACUUCUUUAUUGGUGUUCAGUAGAAAUGUGACAAUGACUAAGUGUUUAAUUAAUUCCACAUAUACUGGUUUCAACCUUUAAAUAAGAAUAACAGUGGGCUAGAUGGUAACUGCCAUGUAUUUGUAUGGUAACAAGAUAACUGUGGUAAUAAGAAAACUAUCACAAUUUCAGCACCAUUAUGGUAAUUGGUUUAAAAUAUUUAUCAAUAGGCAAGAAAGUUGAGGAAGGCAAAUUGUACAGUUGAGAGGUAAUCAGAAAUAUCAAGGAAAGUAUUAUGGUGGUUGUUUAUUUCGGCAACCACAAGGGGUAAUAUAAGAAAUGAGGUUUGUAGACUGGAUAAGUUAUGAUAGUUGAGUGAACAAGACGACUCUUGCUAUACAAAUAUUGAAGCACCUUGAGAACAUCAGCAGUUUACAGUGUUAUUUAUAAAUCUGUCAGGAAAGAUAGUGUUUCAUCAAUCUAAGUGUAUUUGAUUUACACUGCAAGUCAAUCCUAAGUGAUUUUUGCCAUGGAGUAGUAAAGACUGUUGAACGGUUAAAUUAUUUAAAAUCAGGUAGUAAUAGUAAUAUAUUCCUUUUUUUCUUUUCAUAAGCAUUAUCAAAUGUAUAUAUAUACUUCAGAAAGGGGUUAUUCAUAUCAGAGUAGUCUUUAUAUUAUAGAAAUGAUGUGAAGUAUAUUGAAAUAAUUUUUUUUUACAAUAGAAAUAGCAUCUAGGCAGUCGAGAUGCUUCUCAAGUUUAGAAAUUGCUUGGCGCCUGCCUUUAUAAAAGUGUAUAUGAUGCCUAAUAGUGUUUCGUAAAGAUUGCCGUUUCUUACCUCUUUCAUUUCACAUCAAUUUUUUUUUAUUUUUAGUUUAUAAAAUAAAUUAUCAGCUCAGCUUUAACCCAAGCCUUAAUGAAAGGUUUAAACCAGUCUCAUUCCUUUUAUUACAAGCAUUUUGUUAAUGGUUUGUAUAAUUGUAGAAGUUUUAAAUUCUCAGCUUUAGUUGGAAAGGAAGUAGUCAAAUACGAAAUAUUUGACUUGGGAACCUCUCUAAGUCGAUUUCUUUUCAAGGUAAUGUUCUGUUGGGGAGGUGGGAUAUGUUUUUGUGAACUGAAUAAUUUACUUUAUAAUUUAGUCAGUAUGGUUGGAACAAAUUUGAAAUUUAUCAACUAGGUUAUACUGUGUAGUGUUUCCUCCUUUUAGUUCGAAACAUGAUGUAAGUCACAGAUGUUAUUCAAAACAAGUUUUAUUUGCAUCAGAAUAAUGCAGCACUGUUAACAUAACAGAUGGAAUGGGGUUCUUUUAUAUUCUUUAUUUUCUACAGGAGAGAAAAAUAAAUUAUUAAUUUUUAGAA